CCUCCAAAUUGUCCCUCCCCUCCUAAUUCCCUUCCCCUCCCCUCCAUUUUCCUCCCUUCCUUCGGAAACAUAGGGUUAGAUAAAAUGUUGGUUUUUGGUCCUUUACCAACCCUAUUAAUAUUUGGAAAACCGAAUAUAUAUACACAUAGCUUUUAGGAUAAAAUAAUAGGUUAAUUGUUAAAUUAUUGCAUGUUACCUGUCAAAUUACAUUCAGGUUGUGAAAAUCUUAAAUUAUUAUCAUAUAUUUUUUGGGUUAAUAUAUUUGUACUACCCGAACUUUUCACAAAUUAAACAUUCUAACUAAUUUUUUCGAUCUAUAAAAUCGUCACCUUAACUAUGCAUCAAAGGUUACGAAAUUGACCAAACUCGAGAUUUGAUCGUUAUCUUGGACGGUCAAACACGUUGACUAACGAUCAACACGCCACGUUACUGCCAAGUCAACACAGACCACUUAAAAAAUUCCAUAUUUUAUAAUAGGGAUAAAAUGGCUUAAAUUGAUUGGACCCCAAAUCCAACCAUUGAAACUCAAACCAUUUGUUUGACCAGCUAAAUGACUUAAACGUGAUUAACAACCUUGAUUGGAACCACAUGAUCGCGAUGCAUUAUAGACACAUCCUAUCAAUUACUUAUACUAAUAAGAAAACAUUAGCUUUUAAAUGUUUACCAGGAAUAUCUAAAUUUCUAGAUCAUGUGUUUAGAAUUAAGGAAUCGUUAACUAGGGGUCGUUUGCUUCGUGGAUUUUAAAAAUGAAGGUUUUGGUAGAACUUGGGCUUUGUAAAACCAUGGAUAUAUGAGGGUUUUCGGUUCAUUAUGGAUUUGAAAAAUGCCAUUGAUUGUUUCAUAGAUUUAAUGAUGAAAUUAGUUAAUUAAAUUUGUAUGUAUGAAGUCAAAUUUCUCUUAUUGCCCUCAUUGGUAUGAGAAGAUAAAUGAUAUAUGAGGGUAGUUUGGUCUUAAAUGAUAGACUUCAUAGUAGGGAUGGCAAUGGGUCGGGUUGGGUCGGGUUUUGCCAAACCCAAACCCAUGGAUUUAUCCAUGAAAAAAACCCGGGGUAAAACCCACUGGGUUUGAAAAACUCAAACCCAACCCAACCCGCUGAGUAUCCGCGGGUUCAUGGGUACCCACGGAUUUUUUUCGUAAAAAAUUCACAAUAACAAAUUCCUAUCAAAAUUAAAAUCAAAUAUCAAUUUCUCAAUACAAAUUAUCCAUAUAUAAAACACCACUCUAGAAAAUUCAAGCAAAUCACAAAUUAACUAUACAAAUUGUUCAACACCAAUCUAGAAAACUAAAAAAAAUUGAAGCAAAUCACAAAUUAUCCAUAAAUAACAUGAUUAAUUGAAAGCUUCUUCCUUUCAAUUAAGUUUUUCACUAUCAACUCGAUAACAUCAACUUCUUACUACAUAACUAGAAAGAAAAAAUUAGACAUGUCUCCACAAACAUAAAUAAGAUUAGUUGUUUAGAAUAUUAAAUACGCCGAGAAAAUUAAUUAUAUGUGUGUGGGCGGGUACCCAUGGGUCGGGUUUACCUAAACCCAACCCGGUGAAUAGUGAACGGGUUUAAAUCCAAACCCGGCCCAAAACCCGUCAACACGGAUUUUACCCGCGUUGACCGGGUUGGGUCGGGUGGGUACGCGUGGGUUCGGGUUUUGUUGCCAUCUCUACUUCAAAGUCCAUGAUCAAUUCCCACCUACAAAUGUGGAACUUUCAAGUAUGCGGGGUCCACGGAUUUGGACCCUUAAAAUUCAUGGGCCCCGCAGAUUUGUUGCCCCUAAAUACAUGAAACAAACAAUGAAUUUUGGACAAAGUCCAUGAUGGAUCCAAAUGCAUCACCAAGUCCAUGAUAGAACCUUGAUGAUGUAUAAAUGACCUUGAAUUCAGGUAAACAAUAUUUAUCAGAGAUCAAACAUUUUCGAUAAGAAAUACAAUGAUAUACUAAGAGGUCAAUAAGUAACGAUUGAGAAUUAUUCCUAAUUUUGAGAAUAAUAAGCCAACUUAAGUUGUAUAAGAUAAUAAAUUUGAGUAUUGUGGUUGAAAAAUCGAGGCAUAAUGUCUUCCAUCGAGAGUUUACAAACCUUCACAUCGGGAAUGAGUCAACAUAAGAUAAAUGCGAAAUCAUUGUAUGUGCUGAAACUUUUCGACAUAAGCCUAUGGGAUAAAUAACAAACUGUCAAUAUUAGUGAUUAAACAUCUUAACUUAGAAUAUAUAUUGUUUCUGACAAUGAUCAAAACCAUUGAUUCAUUGUUGACUACGAAUAUUUGAUAACACAAUGUUAGGAAAAAAACCAUAUUUAGAUUUAAAAUAGUAAAACACAAGGAUAAGUUAAUUGUGCAUAAAACACAAUUGGUCCGACCAAUAGGUGGUUUUAUGCAUUGAAGAAAUAUUCUCCGCAAAGUAUUGAAAUGCAAGAGAAGAAGGAAUAUGCAAUUGAUAAUGAUGAUAAAUGUUUCGUAAUAGAGAUGAAGACAUUAUUAUUGGUGGAGAUGAUGGUGUUGUUCAUGACGGAGGAAAAUGCAACAAAGUUAAAAAAGAAUACGUGCAAUCAUAUCUAACGACGAUGAGUAAAUAGAAUGAUGAUUUGAUAAUGUAUUUAGGAGUUGUUUCCCUUACAUAAGGUUUGUUUUUCAUUUUCGUAAAAGGAUUUAGUCCAUUUGUCAUUAAAUGUCAGAGAACAGUGCGAUGUUGAUCCUUUUUAUUUGUCGAAGUAUUUUUAAUAAUUUAGAUUUUUUUAUUCUACCCAAAAAUUUAAAUAUUUGAAUAACUCAGAUUUUAUUAUGUUACCAAAAAAAAAUGUUUAUCUCUCAUACUAAUUUAUAUUGUUCUUUAUAUGGUUGGUGAUGGAAUCCGGCCAACUGGCCGUGUAAAGAAGAAAAAAAAAACGCCACAUUUACUCCACCACCCGCCACCGUUUCCCUUUCCCAUUGAUUCCACAAUUGGGGUGCAAUUCCGGAUCCCCGAAGUCCGAACCCAACCAAUCGGAACGGUCAAAAAGACCCGGAAAAAGACAAAAACUCCCCAAAUUCGGACCAAACCCUAGCAGGGUUUACCCUAACCGGACCCAAGACGGCGCUCCGAAAAACCCAAAUCAAAGAUCAUCCUUUUCCACCACACUCCCUCGCUCGCUCGUCUCCCCCUCCGCUUUCGCUCUUACCCUGCUGCUGUCCUCUGCUGAGGAUUUGAUUUUUUCCCUUUCUCGUCGCCAUCUGGUAAUACUGCCGCCGUUAAUGGAGGUUUUGGGCAGUAUGAGCUCUGUGGGGAAGAGGGUCGAGUGGGCUUCCUCUGUUGUUGAAGCUAUGGUGGUGGAAACGGCUGUUGCUGCCGGAAAGGCUCUUGCUUGCCUGCUCUUCAUGACUGGAUUGCUGGUGGCUGAAGCUGAGGCAUUGCCCAGUCUGACCGAUCUAGAAGAGAGGUUUCCUUUCAGCAAGCUCCACGAGAAGGAAUGCUCCAACGUAGAAGAAAACAAAGAUGCCAGUGACACAGAUGAUGAUGGUGAAGACGAUGACGAUGACAAUGCAGAGGACGAUGAUGAUGAUGACGAUGCUGGUGAUGAGGAUUUCACAGGUGACGAAGGAGGGGACCCGGAAGACGACCCUGAAGUUAAUGGCGCUGGAGACUCUGAUGAUGACGAGGAUGAAGAUGAUGAUGACGAGGAUGAUGGUGAUGAUGAUGGCGAAGACGACGACGAUGAUGACGAGGAAGACGAGGAAGAUGAUGAUGAUACUCCUCAGCAACCACCAACGAAGAAGAGAAAGUGACUGAGAAGUUGGAAGCGAGGGAAAGAGAGAGUAGGCUGUUGUUUGUUUUAACUUUUGGUUGGAUCUUUCCCUCUGUCAAGAUUAGUUAGGUUUCCUAGGAGGGAAGAUUGAGUUCGUGUCAAGGUUAUCGGGAUAGGGUUAUAGUCUUCUUUCUUCAUGGAUUGUCAUUGACAUGAUUAUGACUUCUGCUGGUGUGCUGCAGAUGCUCUUUUGUUGUUAUAGAUUAUUAUUGUGAUGUGUAAUGUUUCCUGCUGUCUCUGUAAUUUCUGUUCCAUUCUCCCUUUUUGUCGUAAUAACUUUUGACUUGCAAAUCGAACCAAUCUAUCAUUAUCUUAAAAACCAUCCCAGCUGAUUAACCAAGGUGUUAAUAUUAAAUUUGACCCAACCCAGUGAACGUUAGGAGUGAACGUUAGGCAUCUGAAUUCUGAUUCAACCAUUCACAACCCGAUUUGAUCAAAAGACAAUGGCAUGUAACCAGUAAGGCAGUAACCUGCCCGCAUAUAAGCCUAUUAGUAAACACCAAUUAAUCGAUAAAUUAAUUCGACACAACCCAACUUGACUCAUGAUUAUGACCGAUUACGAUUAAUCUAGUCCAACCCCGACCCGAUUCACCUAUUUGGCACACACCUCUAGUAGUAGUAGUAGUAGCCAGAGCAUAGUUUUUUGGUUGGUCUAAGUUGGUAGUUUGGUUUGAAGCUAAAGAAGUGACGUGACCUCUUUGCAUCUAGCUCUUAGCUUCAUAGCUUGGACAUAGAGGCAGCAACCGGAUUACCAUCUUAAAUUAAACAUCCCAAAACAGCAUAAAAAUGCUUAAGCGCGCCAUACUCAAACCAACUCUUGCAGAAUAAUUGCUAAUUGCGUCUAAAUCCCACUUCAGAAAUCGCUAGUCAAGGUUCACUUCCCAGAAGUACAUUGCAAAGCGUUUUAAAGUGCAACAAUAGCAUUCGUAGGUGGCUUCAAAUGCAGAUGGACACCAAGAACUGGUUCAGCAGAGCAGGAUAAUUGAGAUGAAACUAAGACUGCCAUAGUGGGUCUUUUCGUUCAGAAAUCCUAAUCAACACCAAAUCAAUGACGCUUGAUAGAUCUCAACCGUGAUCACGAUCACAGGUAGACCUAUCAAAAACAAGAUUUGGGGCAUGAGAUAUAUUAGUCAAUCAUACUGCAACAUCAUCCUUGACUACCGACGAAUUUAACGAAAGUCGAUGGUCAGUAACAUAUUACGAAAACAAGAAGUUAAAGUUAGUGACCGUUAAAAAACAAAACCGAACAACAAAUGUAAAAAAAAAAAAUUAGUAAACUGAAUGACUAAACAUGCAAUUCACCCUGCUGAAAUUGGUGCACCACGGGAAAAGACCGAGCUCCGAGCCCAUCCAAAUGGAAACCAGAAGAAAAAGGGAAAGGCCAUAAGGCCCAAUCACGAAUAAAAAGCCCUAAUUAUUUUGGGUUGAACUUGUUUCCUUCUCCUGUUUUCUCCUUUUCCUUCUCCUUUCGGAGUAAAACUUCCGAAUCUGAACUCCAACUACGUCCAAGUGUAAAGAAUCAAGCUGAAAGUAAAGAACACACGGAGUUUAACGUGGUAUCCUUGUUGCCAGGACUAGUCCACGGAAGAGGCUGUGCUCUUCAAUAGGUUUUCACUAUACUCGUUAAUUGUACAGGGAUGUAUGGCCGGCUCCUAUAUAGGAGAUUAACCCUAGUUCUAAUUACAUUAAACAAUUGUGGCUAAU